CAGGAAAGUAAUGAUGUGUUAAACUUAAAGCUACCAACUCUAACAGAAGUUGAGUGAGUGGCAUUUAUAUUUAUUCAUGCUUUCUAAAUUGUGGACUUCAUGUUAAAGAAUUCUCAGGCUAGCUAUUUUAAAUGAUAUGAGCAAUGGGUACAUCCAAAUUUUUUGUGAAACAGACUAGCUUUCCUAUGGAUGGCCGCCUAAUUUUUAAAAUUUGGAAAUGUACUAAAAUCAUGUUUAUGUUUUUAAACACGAUUCCAGUAAAAUGAGAAGGGCUAGUUAUAACAGAAACAAUACUAUAAUUUAACUAAAAUGUACUCUUAUAAUAUGAAUAGUCUCUUUCAUUUCCAUUUACGGUAUCAUCAUCCAAUCCAUGUUUACUUAUCCAAAAAAUGACAACCACAAAUGGUAUGAAAGCAAAACCAAACCAUUUGCGAUUUUCUCUCUGAAAAUAAAUAACUUUUCCUAUGUGUUCAUUCACCAUAGUUUCAUUGGGGAAAAUAGUAAAUGAAAGAAAUUUUUUUAAAACAUUAUUCCAGCAACUGUAACCUAAAGGACAAAACUACAGUUAUGUUUGCCUUGACCAGGGGUGGAAAAACAAUGGCCUGCGGGCCACAUCUGGCCCAGGGUUCACAUCUGGCCCUUGAUGCUUUUUUUUGUUCGCCAGCUAGCCAUAUAACAUAUUUUUAUAUUUUAAAAUUAUAUCUUCACAGUAGGCACUAUUUUGAAACUCUAAGUAGCUCUCCUACAGCUUGCUAACAGCAGCACUUCCAUUUAUAUAGAUUUAUCACAGUCUCUGUACCAUCCCCUUUCAAAAUAUUCAGAAGGGUCUAAAUGUUAAAAUAGGCUGACAUAGUAGCAUUGGUAAUUCAUCUAAUCCAUUUUUUUAAAACAAUAUUUUAUUCUUUGAAAGAGUAGAUUAAAUAUACUUCUCUUGUCAUUAGGAAAUUCAUGAUCAAGCAAGAAUUUUUCUCACAGGUAAGUUUAGGCUUUACUUAACUGUGUUUAUCAACUACCACAGAGAGGUUAAAUUAACUGGCUUAUCUUUUUCUUAUUUUUUAUAUAUAUAAAAAUUACCAGCAUAGUUUGACAUUCAGGCAGUUUUUAGGAAAGUUUGAAAUGCAUGUAUGUUACAUUAACCUAGGGAUUCUAUAAAAUACAUGUGUGCUCGCUCUAUAGCAGAGUUCCCCAAAUGGUGGCCUAUGGACCAUAAACCUUACAUUGCCGUCCCACAACAUAAAUAUUUCUGGUCAGACGGAAAGAAAUUUUAAUUAAUGGUGAAGAAUUUACAAACUCUCCACAGCUGCUCUUUGUUUGUUUAAAGGGUAUUGGUGCAGUCUGGUGUAUUUGAUAGAUGGUAUAGGCGUAAGUCCUGAAGUGCUUGGCAGUGGAAGAUGUGAUGUGUUACUGUCUCAUUUGGAUAUCUGCAGAGAGGGCGCAUUUGUGCUUUAUCUGGUUUCAUGCGGCUUGGAAUUAAGUUGUGUGUGUCCUGUGUGAAGGCGAAAGAUUAGGUCCUAUUUAAUUCUUUGGAGGCAAUUUAUUGAGUCUUUGGGAUCAGGACUGGGCAUGCAUGCGACUCAACAGGAAGAUGUGUUAUGCAUGUGAAAACACAUCUUCCUGUUGAGUCCAUAGCCCAUCCAUUAAACCAUUUUGUUUUUUUUUAGUUCUGAUAAUCUACUUGGCAGUGCUGAAUGAUAUAGGUAUGUUUGGUUGCUCAUUGGAUGGUCCUUGUUUUGCUAUUUUGUUUGCUCAUUUCCUGGUCUUCUGGUAUCCAUUGUGGUAGCUAGUCUUUCAAAAAUGGAUCAUGACUAUUUUUAACAUUGGCUGGUUGCUGGGGCUGACAUUGUCUGUGGGUUCACAGAUGUCUGAUCAGGCUGAUUCUCGCAGGAAAUGUUCUGGUGCGGGGGAUGGAUGGGAAAAUAAUUAAACUGUUGAAAACAAAAUAAUUUUAAUCAGACAAUAAGCAACAUGAAAACAGGUAUCAAGUCAGCCAAGAGUAAGAUCAAAGAGAGCAGAAAUUUAAAUUAAAAAAAUUGCUGCAAUCAAUAAGGCAAACUAAAAGACAGAUGGUGACUGAUCUCCAAUAAAUGACCUAAAGGCUGAAGAGAGACCUCCUUAUUCAAGCACUGUCUAUUUUUGAAUAGAUCUUUAAACAGACUCUGCUCAACACAGCAAUAAAAGAUCUGAAACCUUGAAAAGCACCAGGCCCAGAUAAAUACCAUAAAGAGAUGCUGGUCAAUUUGGACCCUGCAGGAAAAAAGCCAUACCCGAUCUUGUAAACAGCUAUUGGAGCAAAAGCAAAAUCCCUCAAAUCUGAAAAAAAUGCCAUUGAAACAUCAAUAUUUAAAAGAUAGACUGCAGAUGAUGUUAAAAGUUAUAGACCCAGAAAUAAGGCCUCUUCUGCCUAAGUUUGUCUGAAUGGGCACAUUAACCAAAGUACUUCUGCUCGUGUCGUACUGGUACUCCCUGUUUCUAACAGAGACCUAUCAGGUGGGACCAAACAUCUAGCGGUAUAAGUGAACACUUAGGAGGAGGCCAAGUGUAAAACAUGCCAUGUUACAAUAACCCAUCCCUACUCUCCCUUGAGUAGUUAUCCUCUCCAAGACUUUAAUCCUCCUUCUUUCAAUGGUCCCCCCCAUAAUUGACCCUAAAGUUGGAUCCUCAUGGAUGUAUACGAUUGACCAGUCAUGAUGUGGAACAUACCACAAUACUAUGGUGGCAAGGUCUGGUGGGUUCUGUCCCCAGGAUCAUGAAAAUCCUUGCACAGACACAAUAUUACUAAAAUGGCUUAAAUCAACAAUGAAAAGUGCAGUGCCAGGAGACAGUAGGAGUCAGGGAAUGACUAAAUAGUGAAUCCUGCAUUGACAACAUGACUGAGGGAUGACAGAGCACUGAAGAUUUCUGUCUGGUAAACAUGGAAUCCCGGCACUUGGUCACCAUGUGGAGACAUGCGGUAUGCAGCUUCUGGAUUUGGCAUGGGAAUUAAGGGGGUUGAAGACAAAAAGAAAUACAUCCAACCCUUGUCUAUCAAGGCCUGCAUUGCGUUGCAACACCCAGGGUGGCUUAGAAAAAUCCACUACUUCAACAGACACAAAUACGCAUUUAAAUAUCCUGAAAAUCAACAUUUGUGGGGUACCAAACAAAAAAGUAGAGAUCUCACGCCACCUGCACAUAAAACAAGUACAUAUAGUAAUAUUACAAGAAACUAAACCCUAAAAUAGACCAACACACCACAGAUUGUACUCAUUACACUUGCAAGUGCCAAAACUUUAGAGGCAUCAUCACCCACAUAAGAAAUGCUAUCCAAGGCGAAGUUGAGGCAAUCCCCACAGAUCAGCUACCAGAUAUUCAAAAAAUGUACGGCUUUUAAAACAUACAAGCCCCCAACAAAUUUUGUCCACCCAGAGAACAUACAAUACCCCAAGACUGUGAUAGGCUGUGAUUUUAACUGCCACUCCCCUCAUUGGGGUAUACCAAAAUUACAACAACACUGGAGAGGCAAUAGAAGAACUCUGUAACACUACAAACCUAUUCAAUAUGCACAACAAAGAGUCAACACCCACUCUACUCCAUAGAAUUAUAACAAACUGAUCAGACUUGACCUAGCCAUACUCUCUUCAGACUUACUACAGAGGUGCUGGACUGCAUAGGUUGCGAUCACAGAAACAUUCUCACAACACUAACAACACCAAAUCAAAAUAAUUUUUAAAACAGCAGUAAGAUGGAAUUUAAAAAACAAGCAAACUGUGAUUUAUAUAAAGCAAGAAGUGAUGAACUACUGAGUGUCAUCCCCCAAAAUGACACCACAGAAAAAGUCAGUGAACAAAUCACCAUAGCCAUAUUAGAAGCUACCUCCCUAAGUAUCACAGGACAUUGCAGAAAGAAAUAUAAACCUUUCUGGGGAAAAAAAUGUGGAACAAAAUAUUUAAAAGAGAGAAUCUGACAGUAUCCUCAGAGAUGAAAAUUAAAUUAAUUUUAGAAUGAAUAAUAAAUUCCUUAAGUAUUUUGAAUGCAAAAGUACUCCUACAUUGUUGUUUUAAUCUGUUUGCAUCCAGGCUACUCCGAACCAUGCGUUGCUUUUACCACCUUCAUUCCGCCUGCAGCAGAUUCCAACAUCAACGAAGUAAGAUUGUGUUUGUUGGCAUAAACUUUGAAUUUAAGAAAUAAAUCUGUGUUAAAUGAGCAAAAAUAAUUUUUAAAUAAAUUAUUUAGAAUUUCAUAUCAAAUGUAUUCUCCUUGUGAACUCAGUAAUUUGUGUGUAGAUUGAGAGCUUUUUAAAUUUAAAAGGCACAAUAUCAUUUCAACGUGGCACUAAUAGUAAAGGUGGUCCUAGAAAUGUUCGAUUUUUAAUAAAUAUAUAUUGUUGUAAGUAUUAAAAAUAUGAUGCAAAAUAAUAUCUAAUGUUCCUUUCACAACAUAAUGGGAACAUAAAUACCAUACACCAAUACCAUAUAUUUAGCUUGAAAUUAAAACUCUAAAAAAAAUCAUUUCUGUUUUUUUUAAUUUGGUGUAAACAGCUUUAUAUUUUCAACUUCUCCAUUUUUUUCAUGUCUUGAUGAGAAAUAUUUAAUUUAUAGUACAUUUUUAUUAAGAGUUCAUCCAGUUAAAUUUGUGGAUCCGUUGCUAUUUUAGAACGGGUGGCCAACCCAAAAGGCUUCACAGCCCACUUGGAGAGCGUUUAACCUUUCAGGAGUUGCAUGUCAUUAUACCGAAAUUAUUAAAAAUUUAAUUAUACACCUUUUCAUUGCUGCAUAGAAUUAUUAUCUAUUCUAAAUACACAUAAUUAAAUGCAACAAAACAAAUUUAAACUACAAUCAUGUAAUAUUUUUUUAACUGUUAUCUCAUUAAACUUUUUUAAAAUCGAUUAAUGGAAUGAAGAAGGAAUACGUUUUUUUGUAAGGCAUCAUCCUCUAGCCACCAUAUUAAUCAAGAUGGGCAACAUGCAGGUUGUCACCCCCUGUUUUAGAAGAUUAACUAUGUUUUUAAAUAGUAACACAUUUUUUCAUGUUCAAAACUUGAUAUAUUUGAAUAAGCUUUGUUUUUAAAUUAAGUCAAUUGAGUUUCUACAGUUAUAAAGCAAACAGCUUUGUUUUUUGUUUUUUUUUGGGGGUGCGGGGGUGUGGUUAUGUUGCUUUUAUGAUACUAUGUGCUGAGACAAAACACUCUCACUCAUUCCAAAAUUUGUAAAAGCUUUUUUGUUUUUUAAAAUUCAGAUUUUACUUCCAUAAUAUGUUGUAAAGUUAAAGUUACAUCAAAAUUAAAUAUAAACUGUAACAUUAAGUUAAGGAGUUUCACUCGACUAUUAUUGUCCUCUACACACAAAGCAUCUCGAUUUACUUCCAUCUUCACUUCCCAAAAAUUGAAUAAAUUUCAUUCCGAGUUAAAUACAAUUUUUUAAAAUUACCAUUAUUUAUAGUUUCUAAAAUACCUCACUGUUAUCAUUUUAGUGGAACCUUUAAUAGUUUUUCACUAAUUUUUACCCAUUUGAAUUAAUGCAUUGUACAUAUCAGAGGCGAUGCCUAAAACAUACAGCUAAGUUUAAAAAAAAUUUCAUUUUGGUAGUCUUGAGGAUUUAUUGAACAUAAAUGUUGGCUUGUCUCUCCCAGCUCGACCAUUUUUUUUAUAAGUAGGGACUUUUCAAUAAAGUAAUUAUUUUUGCCAGUUAUACAUGUAACAAGUAAAAAAUCAUUAUUUACUUGCUCCAAUAAUGUGAAGAAAAAACAACAGGUUCAUUCACCUUGCCUUGAAAUGUCUCACUUUAUUAUAUGUAGUGAAGUUUAUUUUUACAUAUUGUAUUUUAUAUAAUUACACAAGUUUGUCUAAAAAAACAAAAUAGUCUUAGAUGAUAAAGUUGUUUUUUUAAAAUUAGAUUUAUUUACCUAAGACCAUCAGAAUUCAUUCAUUUUCAACUAUUUAGCAAUAUAAAAAAUAAAUUUGCAUCUGAAUUGAAUGAAUGGAGAAUGAAGCAAAUGGGCAAUUUCAAAGUGGGUAAUUGUAAUAUUACUACUGAUUACAGCUUGUAGAGAAUAGAAAUAAAUAGGGACACAUAAAUUUGGACUAAAAUUUCUCACUGAUGAAGUGAAAAAUGAUGAAAAACUAGAUACCAUUAUGAGCCAUAAAAAAUGUAAAUAUUCAUUUUAAACUAAUUUGAAAGUUUGCAGUCUACAUCAAAGUCGAAUACUGCAUCAUCUUCAGGGCCUCAUAUCUCAACACCAUCUCAAGUUGAAAAAAUGUGAGUAGCAGAUAUGUAUUACUGAAAAAGAACUUUUUAUCAACAACCAAGAAAUACAAAUUAAUAUUUUGCAUAAUUUUCAUGUGUUUAGACAUUUUAUAUUUUCAAUGAAACAAACCGGAAUAAAAAUAUUGAAAUUUGAAUCAGCUUCAGCUUAUCACAUCCUUCAAUAUUAUAAGAUAAAUAAGAAGCCAUAUGAUUAAUAGACAGGUUCCAUUCAUGUUUUCAAAAGAGUAAUAUUUUUUUAAAAAAAUAUUUGAGCAAAAAAACUUAAUUUUGAGAGAGCUUGGACUUAUUAAGUGAAAAUUUAUGAAAAACUAAAUACCAUAAUGAGCCAUAAAAAAUGUAAAUAUUCAUUUUAAACUAAUUUGAAAGUUUGCGGUCUACAUCAAAGUCAAGUACUGCAACAUCUUCAGGGCCUCAAAUCUCAACACCAUCUCAAGUUGAAAAAAUGUAA